CUCAGUUCUCUGAUUGGCCAAUUAUGGCCCAGUCCAUCAUGAUGUGGACAGUAUAUAUCUAGCAGGAUUUACAUUCAAAGCUGGCUGUAUACGCAUUGAGCUGUAUAGAACAAGGACAGCAAAUAUGUCCGGAAAUCACCAUCCAGUCUUCCGCAAGGGAGCUACUGCUCUCAUCAGCGGAGCAGCUUCUGGAAUAGGUCUGGCGACGGCACAAUUCUGCUACUCUCGCGGCAUGAACCUCGUUCUUCUCGAUGUCCAUGAGCAUUCAUUACUGCAAGCCACCAGUCAACUCCCGUCAACUUCCGAGAUCAGAACGUCAAUGUUCCACCUGGACGUGGCGGACGCGAACGCCUGGAAGGUCCUACAACAGGGCCUUUCGACAAUGCAUCCCUCCGGGAUUGAUUUUCUCAUGCUGAACGCCGGAUGCAGUGUCGAGCCAGAGGCCGGCAAGACCGUCUGGCAAGACCCGGAGUAUUUCUCGCGCACACUCGCAGUCAACACAUCAGGCUACACGAACGGAAUCGCAGCCCUCCUCGACACGAUGAAAAACGGGACGGAAUCAAAACCCCGCGCCAUCGUCCUAACCGGUUCUAAACAAGGAAUCACCAAUCCCCCGGGUAACCCGGCCUACAACGCGUCCAAAGCCGCGGUGAAAUCCAUCGCCGAGCAACUAUCCUACCAUCUCCACGCCGACCACCCUGAAAUCAGCGUCCACCUUCUCGUCCCCGGCUGGACGUACACGGGCUUCGGCGCCGGUCGGUUCUCAUCGAAGCCAGAUGGCGCGUGGGCACCGGAGCAAGUUGUUGAUUAUAUGAACCGGAAGAUGGCAGAUGGCGUGUUUUACAUUAUUUGUCCGGACAAUGAAGUGACCGAGGAGUUGGAUCGGAAGCGGAUUGUGUGGUCGGCUGGAGAUAUUGUAUAUGAGCGGCCGCCGUUGUCGCGGUGGAGGCCGGAUUGGAAGGAUACAGCAGCGGCAGAGAUUAAGGAUAAGAUUACUUUGUAGAGUAGCCGGGUUUAAACAAGAACUGCAGUGGACAGUGUCGAAUAUCCUCAGCGGUUUCGGUGUACUUUAUCGAUAAUGAAUAUCCACCAAUCAGGUCACAUAGCGAAUUCCCUUCGAUGAUGACAUGGAUUCCAGCGCAUGC